AUGAGAAAAAUCAUUACAAUAUUUAGUAUUUUUGAAAUAUUAGCAUUUAUAACUAUAUAUUAUACUCAAUUAAUAAAUUUAAGGCUUAAUUUUGGAUUUAAAUAUAAAGAUAAAGAUAUUGAUCAUUUUAAUUUUAUAAAUGAUAAUGAAAUAUAUAGUGAUUGGAUAUUUUCAGAUAAUUUAUUAUCUUUUCUUAAUUAUUCUGACUAUAAUAAUAAAUAUUUCUUAAAAUUAUGUGAUAUAUAUUGGUAUAACUACAUACAAAAUAAUUUGAAAAUUUUUAAAGAUAUAUAUAAUAAUAAAAGUCCAACAGAACUUGUUGAUAAUGUUUUAGAUUUUUUUAAUAAAUCAAUGAUUACUCAAAAUACACUUAUAAGAUUAAGAUUAAAAAUAAAAUAUAAACCUAUAAUAGAUAUUGGGCAAAAUAAAGAUAUUAUAUAUUCAUUAAAACCUGAAAUAUAUUGUGUAAAAGAUCAUAGAAUUAAACCUAAAAAAAUUAAAUUUCGUGAUAUUAAACAUACAAUAAAAUAUAUCUAUGAAACUAUUUAUAUAAUCAAUUCUUAUUAUUCAUCUAUUCAUGAAUAUCACACUAAUAAUAAUAAAGAAAAUAUCUAUACAAAAAAUUUAGAUAUUUUAUUACAUUAUGAUGAUUGUCCUCAAAUAUGGCAUUCUAUUGAUAAAAAUCCAUAUAUAGAAAAAUGUAUUACAAGUUCAAAUUUAUCAAUUAAAAUACGUAAUUUAUUGAAAAAUGAAAUAUCUAAUAAUUUUAAUAAUGAAAAAUCUUCACUUUUUUUAUUUAAUAGUUCAAUAAAUAUAUUUAAUCUAUCUAAUUAUAAUAAUAAUUUGGAUAUAAAUGAAUAUUGUAAUUAUAUUCAGAUAUUUGUUGAUAACUUUUUAAUAAAUAUUAAUAUGAAUAGUACUAAUUUUAUACAUCCUUGUAUUGGAUAUAUUAAAUGUAAUAUACCAUGUAAUAAAAUAAAAGUUAUAAAUAUUAAGAAUAAAUCUAUAUUAAAAUUAUAUGAACAUAUAUUUAAUAGUUUACAAUGUAUUUGUACUUAUAAUAAUAAUUAUAAUAAUCCACCUGGUUUAUUAUUAUCUAUAUCAAGUAAUAAUAAAUACACAUGGGAUAUUGCUGCUAUACCAUAUGUUAAUCAUCUUGAUAAUAACGAGAAAUUAGCUAGAUCAUAUGCAAUAAAUAAUUUAUUAAAAAAUAAUAAUAUAAUAAAUGAUAAGUAUUUUGAUUUAAUAAAAAGUCAAUGGGAUAAAAAAAGAAAUGAAAUAUUUUUUAUUGGACGUUAUACUGAUAAAUCGCGAAUUGAUAUUUCAUGUUGGUUAUAUAAUGAAAUAAAAAAUAAUUCAAAAAUUGAAAGUAAUGUAUAUAUUGUUGAUUCUAAUAAGAUAUCAUGUAAAAAGUAUUCUAGAGAUCUUCAAAGAAAAUUAUUAUGUAAUUCUGAUUAUAUUUGUCGUGAAGAAAUAAUAUACUUUGAGAAAUGGCUUAAAUUAUUAAAUCAAAGUAAAAUAUCCCUUGAUCUUCCUGGAGUUGGUCCUUGGUCCACACGUCUUAGAAUGCUUCUUUUAUCUGGUUCAAUAAUAUUACAAUCAGAAAGAUCAAUUAGAUCUCAUCAAUUUUAUGAUUUACCUCUUAAAAAAUUGGGACUUAUUUUGGGAUUUUCAAAUGAAAGUGAAUUUCUUAAAAAUGUUUAUCAAAUAAUAAAUAACCCAGAAAUAUAUUCUAAAGUAUCUCAAAUAUUAAAGACAUUUGCAAUUCAUUGUCUUAGUGAAGAUGGUAUUAAGAACUAUUUUUUUAAUCUUAUAAAUGAACUAGUAAAUUGGGAAAUUUCAUCAAAAAUAAAUGAAAACUCAAUAAAUGAAGAUUUAUUUAAUGAAGUAAGUUAUUAA